UACCAGGACCAUGAUGCAGUGCCGCUGGCCUCUGUUAGGUCCGCUGCAGUGGAUCCGCUACACCGACAAACAGGUGAAGCUGAAGGUGGGAAAACACGAGGAGCACCGCGGCUGGAUGCUCACCGUGGACCCGGUGUCCGCCAGUGUGGUCCUGGUGGACUUCAGCGAGGCGGGGACGUCAGUCCGGGUCGUGAUGGGUCACGCCGUGGAGGAGGUGGAGGUCCUGCAAGACGCCGAUGCAGAGACGGUCCAACGUCUCAGAUCCGCGUUCGUUCUCCCGAAGACGCCCAGUCUGGACCCCCAGGAGCUGAGAACCAGGAAGGGGGACGUCCAGUGCUGGUUGGAGAAGAACCGGGUCCCUGUGGAGGAGGAGGGGGACAAGCUGAGGGUGGCAAAGGUCCUGACGAUCACUGCCCCCUAUGGACCGGAGGACUGCUGCAGCUCCAACCAGAUCAUCCUGGACCGCGUCCAGAGACUGAUCCGGAUGGAAAAUGAGAGAUUUUGAACAGUUUGUCUUCUGGUAAUAAAUCAAUAAUGAAUCUUUGAUAAAAUCAAACCUGAAUCAAA